AUGCCGUCUUUUAGUAUGGGCUCCCAGAUACACCGGCGCGUUAUUUCGCGUCACCUAGCGAUCAACAAGGGUCCUGUCCUUCACCAUCAGUCCUCCAGAACAAAGGAUAAUGGCCAACCGAGACAAACGCCGCAAUCACGAUGUCUCCAAAAGCGAGCGAUAAAACAACAAACAUAUUCGGAUAAUCUUCAGGCUCCAACCGUUUUGUGGCCUAACCCGAUCAUGUUCCUACCGUGUUCUGCUCAGACUUAUCACUCAGACUUAUCUUUGCCCUCGCUGGGCAUCAUCUCAUCGCCUCACGCCGCCCUCAUUCUCGAACGCGAAAAGACCUGCAAACUGUUGGAGCUCAACCCGCGACCGACACAGCUGACUGACGUUUGCCACUACCCAUGGGGAAUGUCUAUGUUUUCAGUAUCUCUCGAAACUCAAGAAAAGGGCAGUGAGCUCUCCACCAUCGACGUGCUCCAGGGGAAGUGCCUGAUGCUACCUGUCUUCUGGCAUCCCGAGAUCCUUCCCCCGUACCCCUUCAGCACACCGACCGACAUAUCGUUCGAACGAAACCAAGCUCCUCUCUUGACCCCGACCGGCACUCACGAUCAUUUCCCUCGAAGAUAUCUACGAUGCGCACCAGCUCAACUUCAAUCCCAUCGAUCAGUAUGCGAAAGCUCCUUGACCGUCACCCUCUAA